AUGGUGUCUGUGACAGUGGUAAAUGAGAACAGUGUGCGCCAGAGAUGCUUGGAUGAGCAGAGGCGGAGGAGGCAGAGGGCCACCAAGAAGAUCAGUACAUUCAUCGGCACGUUUGUGGUGUGCUUCACCCCUUACGUCAUUACAAGAAUUGUGGAGCUCUUCUGCCCAGGGCCCAUCAGCCCCCACUGGGGUGUGCUGUCCAAAUGUUUGGCCUACAGCAAGGCAGCAAGUGACCCGUUUGUCUACUCACUGCUGCGCCACCAGUACAGGAAGACCUGCAGCCUUCUGGCCAACAAGGUCCUCAAGAGGAGUCAGCUCAACUCCUCCUCCGUUGGGAUGGAGAACAACAUAGGGAGGAGCGACAAUAAUGUCAGCAAAAGCAACAACACCCAGCCACCUGCCAACAAGCCACAGUGA